UUACUGUUUUACCUGCCAAACAACCCAAAGUUGACACCUCUAGUUUCUAUCGCCACUUGCGCGAAACCCAGCAGAUGAUACGACACCACUCGCCGGAAAACCGAACUCACCGACCGUUAUACGGAUAAGAGUAGUAGUAAAGGUCCCAUCAUCAUUUAACAAAACCAAGACUAACUUCUGUCAUAUAUGAUUCAAUACCCAUAUAUGAUUCAAAGCAUGGGACUAACUUCUGUCAUCUACAAUGGCGUCCAAGUUCCCCCCAAAUUCGAUUCAAGCUUUCUUAGGGUUUCCCCAACCUCCCCGCCAUUUCAACCUCCCAAGUCUUCCAGGAUUCAAUUUUCUCAAUUUCCCUUUCACACCUCACAUUCAGUUCGCAAUCGUUUUCGACGAGGGUAUUGUUUGCCGAUUGCAUGUUUGAGAGGAACUGAGCAGGAGGAAGGGUUAUCCAACUCAGAAGGAGAUAUACCCGGUUCUCGAUCAUCUCACGGCAUUAACAAUGUUGAGACCUCUCACAUAACCUCUUCCAGUAACCUGAAAGAAAAUAAAAGCAGGCCAGAAAUUUAUGCGUCCUCUGUUAGAGCUGUUGCCUUAUGUGUAUGCACAGCAGUUGCAUUUGGUAUUGGGUUGGGUCUCAAAGAUGGAGUUGGCAAGGCAUCAGAGUUUUUUGCUGGGUAUUUACUGGAGCAGAGUUUGUCAGUGGACAAUCUUUUUGUUUUUGUAUUGAUUUUCAAGUACUUCAAAGUUCCAAUUAUGUAUCAGAGUAAGGUGCUUUCAUAUGGAAUCGCUGGUGCAAUAGUCUUCCGGUUGUCAAUAAUACUUCUGGGAACAGCCACCCUUCAGAGGUUCGAGGCAGUAAACCUGUUGUUGGCUGCAAUACUUCUAUAUUCAUCAUUCAAGCUGUUUGCUGUUGAAGAAGAGGACUCUGAUCUAUCCGACAACUUUAUAGUGAAGACAUGCCAGAAAUUUAUCCCCGUGACAUCUAACUAUGACGGAAAUCGAUUCAUAACAAUUCAGGAUGGUGUGUGGAAAGCCACACCUUUACUUCUGACAGUGGCAGUUAUUGAGCUCAGUGAUAUUGCAUUCGCAGUUGACUCUAUACCAGCAGUUUUUGGUGUUACUCGAGACCCUUUCGUAGUUUUCACAUCUAAUUUCUUUGCCAUCUUAGGUUUAAGGUCACUAUACACCCUUAUUUCUAAAGGUAUGGCCGAUUUGGAGUAUUUACAGCCCUCCAUUGCUGUUGUCCUGGGCUUUAUUGGGUUCAAGAUGAUCUUAGAUUUCUUUGGUUAUCACGUAUCAACCGAGGUUUCUCUUGGUUUCGUAGCUACAACUCUUAGUUCUGGAGUUUUGUUGAGUUUAAUGAAGAAUUCUAAUAAGAAUUAGAUGAAGAGCCUUCCAAUCAUGGUGGUGGGUGCUUAAUCCAUAUUUUAAUAUAUAUUUUUUUAAUAUCUCUGAGCAAUUACAUUGUUCCUCUUACUCCAUGUCUGUCUAGUUUCCAGUCAGCAGGUGAACCAUAAAAAACUUGAAUUCAUGUACAUUCAUUUUUUUAUUUUUUAUUUUGGUGGCAAUUGCUUUGUUGUAUAGUUGGAGAUGUUAGGGAAGGAAAGUCGUUUCGGAUAAAACAGUGUAAAGUUGAGUUAGUUUUAUGAGAAAUGAAUGAUUCA